UCCUUGACCUGAUCUCUUGCUAACCCGAAGCCUCACUUCAUGCUGCAGCGAAUAUGGAACUGUCAUGAACACCGAAUUACAGUUCGUGUUGCAUAGCUAUUGUCCUAACUCCAGCCUUCCCGUCCCAACAUUUUAUAUUGCAGUAUAGACUCGAAGACAUCCUCUACAUGCUCAACUUCGGAUGCGAAGCAGACUGGUGAAUAUAAGAUUCUCAACACAUCAUGAACACUCGACCAGUGCUCGACUCGUCCUCGGGACCCUUCGGUCUCUCGGUCUCUUUCAACGCGGAUAACUCGUGCUUCUCCGUCGCGUUAGAAAAUGGCUUCCGCAUAUAUAUGACAAAGUCUGGAGACAUGAACUCCGUACGCGAAGUCGGUGGCGGCAUCGGCUGCGCCGAGAUGGUCGGCAGGACGAACUAUAUUGCCCUUGUUGGGGGAGGAAAGCAGCCAAAAUUUCCACAGAACAAGGUCUGCCCCCAGAGAUCGGAAUGGAUAUGGGUAGACGCUGAUGGAUACAAGGUCCAAAUCUGGAAUGACUCGAAGCAAAUUGUGUCCACCAGCCUCGAAUUCAAAACCCCCAUCCAGCGCGUGCGAAUAUCUACGAGUCAUCUAGUAGUAGUCCUACUAAACAAGGUCGGCAUAUAUAAAAUGAAGGUUCCUCCGGACAAAUUAGCCGAAUAUGAGACCGUCAACAAUCCUUUUGGACUUUGUUCACUUGGCAAGAAAAUUGUGGCGUUUCCUGGUAUGAAUGCGGGUCAGGUUAGGCUCUUCGACCUCACAUCCGGGAACAUUAGCAUCAUCAAUGCACACAAUUCGCCGUUGAGAGCCUUAGCCUUGAAUAGGGACGAUGAUAUGGUCGCCACGGCCAGUGAGCAAGGAACACUGGUCCGACUUUGGUCUUUCCCGAGCUGUACCAAAUUUACCGAAUACCGUCGAGGUGUGGAUCCUGCUGCGAUAUUCUCGAUAGCCUUCUCGCCGUCAGGGCUAAUGCUCGCUGUGACUUCUGACAAGUCGACUUUACACAUUUUCAACGUGGAAGAUCGAAUGUCGGAUACUGAUCCUAAACAGCACAAAUGGGGCAUCCUUUCAAAGGUUCCUCUCUUACCUCGUCAAUUCUCUGACCAUUACUCGAACGCCACGGCAAAAUUCGAAAUGGGCGAGGAACCAGACGAUAACCCAGUCUCUCGCUCUGCAACCUUUAACGCCGGGAUACCGGGAGUGCCUGGUGGCAAGCCUCCUAAAGGUGUCGUUGGUUGGACUGACGAGAAUACCAUCUUUGUGGUUGGCGCGGGCAGCGAUGCGCGGUGGGAGAAGUUCAUCGUUGGUGUCAAUUCUGAUGGGCGCCGGAUCGUGUAUAGAGAGGGUUGGAAGAAAUAUCUGGAGUAACCAGCACGCCUGUCCAAGAAGAUCAAAGAUCGGACAUUUACAAUCACGUUCAAGACACCAAGGGCGCACGUAAGCAACACAU